GCAUUAUUUAGUAGGACUACAAAGAUAGUUAUUUUGUUGUUACUAGAGAAGGCUAAACCCAAAAACCCUUUAAAAAAAAAAAAGAAGCUGUAUUUCACAACUUCUUUCUCCUUGGCGGUUUACUUAUUAUCACCAGUAAUUGGAUUUCAUCUGUAGUGUUCUGUGCUUUGAUAGUGAAAGGAGAGACGAAGCUUGAAGACAGACACACACACACAAUCAAUGCUUCUUCUGGUGGAAUUUUGAAGUUGUGGACAGAUUUUUGAAAGGGUGGAAUCUCCUCGUGUCUUGUCUGCUCGAGAGGAUUUUCGCUCUUUGUGUUUCUUUGUUGUUGUCAGAUUUAAAAAAUCAAGAGGCUGUAAUAAGCUUUUGACUCUGUGAUUUGACAAAAGGGUGGAGGUUUAGGGAUCUUUGAGUUGAAUCCGUUCUAUGUGAAUUCAUUGGAGGAGGGAGAGAAAGAAAAGUGCAGAGAGAGGAAGAGGUGUUGUUGUCAAGUUUGUGAGUUUUUGUAUUCAUCUUCUUGGUGUGGGGGCAGUUGCUAAAUAAUGCAAAGCUAGAAGAAUCCUGUUGCCUUUGUGUUAUAAAAGACAUACGAAAAGAGGGACAAGAAACUUUCUUGCUUUCUUAAAUGAGUCGUUUAGUGAAGCGAGGGAAACAGGAAAAGCCUAUAGUGUCUGAUGGGGCUGAGAAGGUUAUCGUCGCUGUUAAAGCCUCUAGGGAGAUUCCAAAGACAGCUUUGAUUUGGGCUUUGACUCAUGUUGCUCAGCCUGGGGAUUGCAUCACGCUCAUUGUUGUUGUCCCUUCUCAAAACUCAGGAAGAAAACUUUGGGGUUUCACUAGGAGUUUCCCUAUGUUCGCUGGAGAUUGUGCAAGUGGUCACCGGAAACCACAUUCUGAAGCACUUCCAGCGAUUAAGAGUGAUCUUACUGACACUUGUUCCCAAAUGAUUCUCCAGCUUCAUGAUGUCUAUGAUCCCAAUAAGAUAAAUGUCAAGAUUAAGAUUGUUUCUGGAUCACCCUAUGGAGCAGUUGCUGCUGAGUCUAAGAAAGCAGAAGCUAACUGGGUAGUGCUAGACAAACACCUCAAGCAGGAAGAGAAACGGUGUAUGGAUGAAUUGCAAUGCAACAUCGUGGUGAUGAAGCGUUCUCAGGCAAAAGUCCUGCGCUUAAAUUUAGUUGGAUCGCCUAGGAAGGUUGCUGAGAAAGGCUCUCCUUCUUUACCAACCGGACAAGAAGCAGCAUCUGAAAAAGACACAAAGAACACAAAAGGAUCGUCAGAUUCUAACAGAGACCUUCCUGUAACUCCCACUAGCAGCCCUGAGCUGGGGACACCAUUCACAAGCACAGAAGCGGGGACUUCAUCAGUGUCAAGCUCUGACCCUGGCACUUCACCGUUCUUCACUUUGGGAACAAGCGGGUACAUGAAGAAGGAUGGAGCAUUGGUCAUCAAGGAGAACGAUGAUUCCGGCUCUGAGACCGAGAGUGAAAGUCAAUCACUAGCGUCUACAAGUAUGAGAUUCCAGCCGUGGAUAUCAGAAUAUGUUAGCACACAUCGCCAUUCAUCCCUAGACGCCGAUGACAGGGCUCAAAUAUCCACUACAAAGGCUUUGCUUGAGAAGUUCUCUAAGCUUGAUGUAGAAGCUGGUUUGUCCUCUAGUAGAAGGAUUGAUCUGGAGUUUAGUGGAAACGUGAGAGAUGCAAUAUCACUCUCUCGUAAUGCUCCUCCUGGCCCGCCUCCUCUUUGUUCCAUCUGCCAGCACAAGGCGCCUGUGUUUGGGAAACCCCCUAGGCUGUUUUCAUACGCUGAGCUAGAGCUUGCGACUGGUGGGUUCUCACAGGCUAACUUCUUGGCAGAGGGUGGAUAUGGAUCUGUUCAUCGGGGUGUACUACCGGAAGGCCAGGUAGUUGCGGUUAAGCAGCACAAACUGGCGAGUUCUCAAGGGGAUGUAGAGUUUUGCUCCGAAGUGGAAGUUCUCAGCUGUGCUCAGCAUAGGAACGUCGUUAUGUUAAUUGGUUUCUGCAUUGAAGACAGGAGACGGCUCUUGGUUUAUGAGUACAUAUGCAAUGGCUCACUUGACUCCCAUCUAUACGGUCGUCAAAGGGAGACACUGGAGUGGCCAGCACGGCAAAAGAUUGCUGUUGGAGCUGCAAGAGGUCUUCGGUAUCUUCACGAAGAGUGCAGAGUUGGUUGUAUUGUCCACAGAGACAUGCGUCCUAACAACAUCCUCAUCACUCAUGAUAACGAGCCACUGGUCGGAGAUUUUGGUCUAGCGAGAUGGCAGCCUGAUGGAGAACUAGGUGUAGAAACACGAGUGAUAGGAACCUUCGGCUAUUUAGCUCCAGAGUAUGCUCAAAGCGGGCAGAUCACAGAGAAAGCGGAUGUCUACUCGUUCGGGGUUGUUUUAGUUGAGCUAGUCACUGGCCGCAAAGCCAUUGACAUUACUAUGCCGAAAGGCCAGCAAUGCCUCACUGAAUGGGCACGUCCGCUACUUGAAGAAUAUGCUGUAGAAGAACUUAUAGAUCCAAAGCUUGGGGACUGUUUUGUAGAAAGUGAGGUCAUUUGUAUGCUUCAUGCAGCUUCCUUGUGCAUACGUAGAGACCCACAUUUGAGGCCACGCAUGUCUCAGGUGUUGCGUAUACUGGAAGGAGAUAUGAUAAUGGAUGGGAACUACUGCUCAACUCCAGGCUCAGAGGCAGGCAACAGAAGCGGGCGGUUGUGGGCGGAACAUUACAGUAGCGGUCAGCUAACAAAAGAUGGGUAUGGGUCAGAUAGGUUCAGUGAAAGGCUGUCUGUUGAAACGCCAAGACUAGCUUUAAGGGAAAAGGAAAGAGGCCAGAGGUUGGAACUAAACAACCACAACAAGCAAUACUAAAAGGAUUAAGAGAGUAAAAUCAGAUAGAAGUGUCUUAUGAUAGGGCCCCCUGUUUUCAGUAAUGUGGUCCAAAGCUGGGAAGAAAGCUUUUUUUUCUCUGACUCCUUUGUUAUUUUUGUUUGUAUAGCGGGUAAGAUGAAAGAAAAAAACAGUUGCUAUAUAUGUUAUCAAGGAACUUGAAAUUGUUUUUUGGGAAAAGGAAAUGAUUACAAAAUGACAAAACAA